AUGGAGAAAGAUGUUGAAUAUGACAUCAAAAUCAGAAAACUUUUAGACAAGUCAACCUAUUUAGAAGAAUUCAGUACAAUCUUACCUAAUUUUAAUACUUACCAAUGUGAAGUAAAAAACAUCCUUUCUGAAAAUGCAAUAAUAGACUUAAGUCCCUCAUCUGAAUUUGUCCUUAUGUACCUUGAGGAAACAAAAUAUGAUUCCGAACAACAAUGGGAAGACAAGGUCGAGAGCUUGAUGGAAGCUACUCCAAAACAAAAUAAAUUUAUUAUAAAAUUAAAAAGAUUGAUAAUAGAAACAUUGCCAAUUUUUCUUGAUUCCUACAAAUUUAUGUCUGAAAAUCCUCUUAAAAACAAAGAAAUGAAUGAGGAAGAAUAUAUGAAUAUGUAUGUUCAUCCAGUUUUAAAAAGAGCCUUGAGCCAUUUUUCCGAUAUUAGAUAUGUGCUCAAAAAUUCCUAUGAAAUUUCUGCAACAGAAGGAAGCUGUCCAUAUGUUGUUGAAAAAAACAAAGAAACAAGUGAUUUCAUCCAAAAUGCCUGUGCUGCCAAAGAUAUUAUUAAUUUUGCGGUAAUUCAAGAAGUGUUGCACAAAAGACCACUUCCAUCAUAUUUUAGAUCCUUUAUGGUUCAAGUUUAUGAAUUUAACUUAAAAUUUAUUUUAUGGAUUAUAUCGUUAUUGAUUAAAGAGGCUGACAAAAAAUUCCAAGAAUCAAGGAAUAAAAAGAGUUCUCAUCUAAGCAAUAGCCACAAUAUUAGAAAGCUAUUAAAACUUUCACAUAAUAAAGAUCGUGGUAGUGCAAAACAGGAUAUGACAGUAAAUAAGCUUAUCUAG